CUGAAAUUUCUUCAGGUUCAGAAAGCUGUCGAAUAUCGAUAUUUAAGUGAUUACCCACAAAAUGUCAAUGACUCUGAGCGUCGAGAUGCUGUUAUCAGUAUUAUCUCAGAUCAGCAUUUUGUUGCGCCUGCUGUACGUGAGGCAUUACACUAUGCCUAUAAAAACCUUACAGUUUAUGCCUAUAUAUUUGAAUAUGAAAGUGCACACUUACUGAAAUUUAUAAGAAAGAAAGGAAUUAAAAAAGGAGCAUCACAUGGCAACGAUUGUUCACUUAUUUUUGAUAAUCAAAACCUUUCUAAUUCAAUGCUUCAAAAAGUUGCAUGGAAUGAUAAUGAUCGAAAAGUUUUAGAUCAUCUUAUCACGCAAAUGACAAAUUUUAUUCACAAAAGAAAUUUGAGUAAAAUCGGCUUUGUACGGUUUAGUCCACUUCAUCGUGCCGCUACAAAGAUUAACACCGCUGGUAACAUAGUCAGUCCUGUAGAUUUCUACAGCAAUGUUACCGUAUUCUGGUACGAAACGAUUCCAAUUGUUGAGCAAUUAUCAGUAGAACCGCAUUAUCGCUUACUUCUUAAAUCUUGUACAAUGUGUCAGUAUCCUUAUAAAGCACCAUUCUACAUCAUCUUAAUUGCAUUGAUUCUCAUCACGAUCGGUUUGCUCAUUGCUUGUAUUCAUCAACAAAAACGAGUAAAGUACAAGCCAACAACUUAUGCAAUUAUGCACGAGUUGAGAACUGUGAAAAAUGAUGAAAAGCUGGUAAUGUCUUGA